CGACGAUGCGCGGCGCGAUGCGCGCGCGUGGAAUCGCGCCCGACGCCGCCGCGCGUCCGACGCCGCGCGCGCGCGUCGGAUGUCGACGAACGACGGCGCGAUGCGUCGAACGACGCACGCGCGGCGAACGAUCGAUGACGCUCGUGUGCGUCGGAGACGACGCGCGCGCGCGACGAUGCGCGCGCGCGCGAGCGGGCGCGGCGGGAGAAGGGGCGCGGAGCGACGACGGGAGCGAACGCUCGCCGGAUGAUUUGAAAAAGAAGCUGUCGAAAAAGCUCGAGAGCGUCAAGGCGACGUCGAUGGCGAAGUUCUCGGGAUCGUCGAGCGAUUUCGAUGAACACGACGACGAUGAGUUGGUCGCGGGGGUGCUGACGAAAAAGGCGACGAAGAAUGUGAUGUUGCUCGUCGCGCUCGUCGCGGCGGUGGCGUCGGUGACGUACCUCGUGACGAUGGUUUCCAUGAACGCCGAACGCGGGUUGGCCGACGUGCUGUACACGCUCGUGUUCGACGACGUGUGGGCGAACAUCGCGAUUACGGUUUUGGUUUUGUACACGGGAGCGAUUAAAAAGGCGGUAGAAUUCGCGCUGACGACGACGGCGACCUUUGUGCGACCGACGCGCGUGAACAUGCUUUGGUGGGUUUCUCUGUUUUGCCUGCGAUCCAUCAAGCACGUGACCAACAUCAUCCGAAAUACGUUCGUUUGGAGCCUCGGGAACCAGAUUUGGUCUUUGAUUCCGCUCGGGAUCGAUUUGAUCAAGUUUGACCCCGAAACUACCGCCGAUGGUGUCGAUCACGUGCACUCGCUCUUGACGACGAUGUUCGACGCGAACAACGACGGCGUCGUCACCACGACUGAGGUGCAAAUGUGGUUCGUCGCCAAGACUUUGCGGUUGCUGUGGUGCUUCUACUUUCUCGAUCUCAGCCGAUGGUUUAUGUCGUUGAAAGCGGCGCCGACAAUACAAGAGAUGAGAACUCGAGGAUCGAGUUACGACCGCGAAGACUUUUUGUCGCAAGCGCUUCGACACCACUACGCAGGUUUGAGAGGCGAUCGAGGCGUGUCCUGGGAUUCUCAAGCUCGAAGCGCGCUUAUCGACAAAGCGUUAACCGUGGCGACGUAUCUUUUGACCUCUUAUUGGUGCUUGAGCGCGCUUGGGGUGAACAUGACUGGUCUUCUCGCCGUCGGCGGGGUCUCGGGUAUCGCCGUCGGUUUCGCGGCGCAAAAACUCGUCAGCAACUGCAUCGGCGGUAUCUUAAUUUUCGUCACUCAGCCUUUCGUCGAAGGCGAUCACGUGCAAUUCGGAAGCAUUGAUGGACGCGUCGAAAUGGUCGGAUGGCACUCCACGCGGAUAGCAUCCAUCGACGAUGGAUAUUCUUACAUCGUCCCGAAUACAGAUGUUCUCGGCUCGGCGUUGAAGAAUAUUUCGCGACGCGAGUACGUGCCCAUCAAGCUUGCGAUUCCCUUCCCUGAUUACGUCAAGUCCAAGACUUCGAUGGAAACGUACGUAGCAGACGUCAAAAAGAUUGUAUUUGAUAAAGUUGACGACUGGAGCGUGCGCUCGCCCGUCGUCAACAUGGAAUUUGACGGGCUAACGCCAAAGAUUCGCAUCAAGGCGUUCAUCGACGGAUCCAAGGAAAAGAACAAAGCGUCUGAUCUGGAGGUGCAGUUGAUGGGAGCAAUCGUCGAGAAAAUGCAGCCGUCGAGUAGCGGUAGUGCAGCCUAGAAGAGUCGACCAGGAGACUGUCUCGCCGUGUGUACGGUUGUCGGAGCAGCCAUGCGACGGC